GUUUUGCCGAGCAGAAACUGUGAAGGAUUCAAAACUUCUCCCCGUAUUUAUAGCAAAAAUUAUGAAAGGGAUCUAAGGAUACAAAGAACUCGCAGGCAUACUGAGCGCUAAAUAAAUAUGUAUGUAUGUAAGCAUGUGUACAUGUUAUUUGCAUUUAAACACAUAUUUACAUUCACAAGAAAGGCAUACAGUUAAAUAAUUACAGCUAACAAAACGGUAAAUACCAACGAUUAGCACAUUAUAAAGUAGUGGUGUGAGGGAGUGCUUUUUCUAAACCGUUACACUUUAUGCAUUUCAAAAUGAUAUACAAAUAAUUGUAGUGUGCUUUUUGGCGUUAACGCACGCUUCAGUGAGUGAGUGAGUGUGUGAGUGAAAGGGUUGUCGGCAACAAGCUUGUACUAAAAGCUACUAGCUGCAGUGGCAGUUUGUAUACGGGGGUGGCAGACGGUUGUCUAAUGUCUAUGCACUUUUCUCCGACAAAUUAUCACAAGCAACAAGUGUCAUAAAUUCAACGUUUACGCUGACAGUCAAGUAUAGAGAAAUUUUAUUAAUUGCUUCUCUACGAGUUAGCUAACAAACAACACUUUCACUGUAAAGAUGAAAACUCAAAUAAACAAGCACAAACACACAUACAUAUAUACUUACUUGCCUAUGGGACGCACAUAAAGAGUGUUUAGAAUAUAUACUUAAUUAGUGCACUCCUAUGUGAAGCAUGAGUCCCAAAGUCAAAUAGGAGUAUCUACUCUCAUAUUGAAUCCUUUGAGUGGGUCGAGUUGAUGAACAAAUCUUGUUGAAAAUGAAAUUCCGCUUCUGUGGUGAUGGCGACUGUCCCGACUGGGUGUUGGCGGAGAUUAUAUCCACACUAUCCACGUUGAGCGCCAAGGAUUUAGAGGCAUUAGCUGGGCUGGUUGCCAAGCGAAUUGUCGGACAACAGUUUGAGGAGACUGCUAUUAAAGCGCUAACAGCUGACUUGUCGAACGAUGGCAAAUCUGCUGUGGCUUGCAUACAUUUCCUGCUUAUCAAUGCCUCGCGUCAUGCCGUUACUGAGGCCGUUUUCAGUGAAGAGAUUCAACAGUUGGGCUUACCCAAGGAACAUGCUGCGUCAAUGUGUCGCGUCUUAGCGGCUAAUGUGACGCAAAUACGUCAACGCUUGCAGGACAAAGCAUUUAGAAUUAAUGAGCUCACGUCAGUGCGUUACCUACCACCUUCGCCAGAAAAGCCCGACAACACCGUGGGUUGCGUCAAAUUCGAAUUAAAAAUCGCACAGGAGCUAAUUGAUGGGCUGCCGGAGGACACCACACAUGUGUUGAACAUUGAGCGUGCGAAUGUGGAGGCCUUACUCGAGGAGUUGAAGGAGGUGCGCUCCACACUGCAGCAAUAUAGUUGGCGGCAACAAGGCAAAACGGAUGGCUAAAAGCGAAAGUAAUUUAUUGUGGACAUUUAUUUACAAGGUAUUGAAUUAAAAAUGCAUUUUGUAGUAGUAAAGUACAUAUAUGUAUGUACUAGUGCUAGUAAUUCAUCAGGGUAUAAGUUAGAAAUUAGUAGGUAUUAUGAGAACAAUUUAUAUCGUGCUAACAUGAUAAGUAUUUAUACGCAAAUGUCUCGUUUACAAUUAGAAUAAAUGCUUUUGAGUGAAUUUCCUGCCCGGAAGAUUGAUAUUCCGUCGGAUUUUCUCAAAUAGUCUAAUUAAUU